AUGUUUUUAAUCGUUCUUGCGUUGUUCGCGAUCGCCACCUGCAGCGCUGAUGUACCUUGCGCUCGUAUGAACAUUCCCAUUUUGGCGCCAGUCAGUAAUGGCCUCUGCAUGAAGAAUUGCGCUUCUCAGGUGCGAAGCAACGCUGAACGGCGAGAGACGCAGUCAAUGUGCCUGCUCACACAGUUGGCUCAUCCUCACCAAUUGGAUUAUCGCGUCGAUCAUCUGUUCCAGUUAUGCUACAAGGUAUUAUUUCUCAUUUUAUUACCGGCCGCGUGUUUAGCGCAGGUUGAUGUAGUCGGAAAUUUGGCUGUGGUUGCGAACCCGGAAGGACAUAUCGGCACACCAGACAAGCAUCUUGAAGCGAACAUUCCGAAUCUUUGGUGUGGGGCUCAGAAACUCGGCGAACAUAUCGAUGUGGAAUAUGGAGAAUUCACGCGACUUGCCACUGGACAUGUGACAACGGGUGUAUUGAAACACGGAAAAGUAUACCUAAACAUUAGUCAUGCCAAUGUGAAAGUGGCUGGAAAAUAUCGCUGUGAAGUCAGAACAAAAGACAAGGAAGUGCAUAGCGGCAACAUAGAAAUAUACUUACCGCCUGUUCUUUACUUCAGAUCUUCAAACGUGGCCACAGAGAUUCCGGAUGCUCGUCCGCCACAUGUCGUGGGCACUGAACGUCGAGGACUUCACGAUGAAAAGAUGACUCUCGAGUGUCCAGCGGUAGCAUAUCCAGAACCAUCUAUUCGCUGGGAAAAGAACGGAGAACCAAUCGUUCCGACAAACAAUACUCAAUACGAUGGAGAAAACUUGAUUCUAUAUCCGCUAACGUUUGAGCAUGCCGGAAAAUACCGCUGUAUCGCCGACAACUCGUUCCCACUUUUCGUUGAUGGGCCAGCUAUGCCACAUCAGAUUUAUUAUGAUCAAAUUGUUAAGAACAAGGUUCAUUAUAACAAGCAAAUUGAAAACAAGCUGACGGCAAAAUCGUACGAUGGACGAGGAGUUGAAGUCCAGGACAAAAGUUAG